AUGCGCGCCGCGGCGAUGACGACGACGACGACGACGACGGCGACGACGGCGACGACGGCGACGGCGAGGAGCUCGCGCCGCGCGUCGGUCGCGCGCGCGCGACGGAGUGAUCCCCGACGGGGCGCGAUCCCAUCUUCUCAUCGCGGUUCGUGGGCGCGAUCGAUCGUCGUCGCCCCGACGCGCGCGACGGAGACGUCGACGUCCGUCUCCGCGGCGUCCGCGACGCUCGCGGAGGAGGACGAGGAGGGGGACGAUGACGACGACAAGUUCGACGCGCUCCCGGACGCGGAGGACGAGAUCCCGGCCAAGGUGGCCACCUUCUUGAAGCGCGACGGACGCCACGCCACGUUCGCGGCGAAGAAGAGCGGAUCGGUCGAGAUCGUCGAGGCCCCGGGCGCGCGGUCGCUUCGACAGUACAUGUCCCUGCCCGCGUCGCAGUACAGCACGCUGGACGGCGAGAAGGUGGAGCGCAUCGGCGACGACGUCUUCAAGUGCACGCUCGGGACGCUGGACUUCCUCGGGUUCGAGAUACUCGGCGGCGGGCUCGUGAGGACGAUCGACGACAUGUUCGAGAUCGACUCCGUGAAUCGCGUCGGGUGGAGCGAUCGGUGUAACCCGGGGACGGGGCGGUGCGAGAUCGUGAGCGAGACGGCGGUGAGCGUCUACCUGCUCGUUCCGCGAUGGUUCCCGUUCACGGUGAAGGCGACGGAGCGCACGGGAAAUUUCGUCGUCGGCGCGGUUGUGAAUCAGGUCGUGCCUCGGUUCCUGUCGCAGCUUAAGACGGACUACGAGACGUGGGCGGGCGGGGACGACUCGCGGGCGGCGGUGAGCGACGGUGGGCUGUUCGCGGUGGACAUUCCCGCGGAAGGCGGGGAAGGGGAAGGGGUGGAGGAGAGGUAA